AUGACGGCGAUGGCGGGAGGGGAGCUGAGCGAGCCAAACCCCGAGGAGUUCGUGUACGGCGAGGAGGACUUCGUGCUACAGGCAGCCGGCUGGGGCGACCCGGACUCCGCGCCCUCCCGGUUCGACCGGGUGCUGCUGGCGGGGUGGAGCGACCGUAUGGAGCGGGGACUGUUCCGGUACCGGCUGGGGCCGCUGCCCACCCGCGUCCUGCCCGGCCCCCUGCGCCUCGUGGCGCAGCUGAACGAGCAGCGCAGCGCGGAGCGCCGCCCGCCGCAGCCCGUCCGCAGCCUCCGGGAUCCCUUCGACCCCGGCGCCUUCAACUUCACCCGUCUGCGCCCCGCCGAGCUGCUGUUCCGCCUGCGCCGCACCGGAGGCCCGGGGCCGCCACCCGACCCGCUGCUGGUGGCCAUCAACGCCAGCCCCUUGGAGCGGGGACACGUCCUGCUGCUGCCCGAACCGGCGCGGCGGCUGCCGCAGGUGCUGACGGCCCCGGCGCUGCGCGGGGCGCUGGAGGCGGCGCUGCUCAGCGCCCACCCCGGAUUCUGCGUGGGCUUCAACGGGCUGGGCGGCGGCGCCUCGGUGAACCACCUGCACCUGCACGGGCUCUACCUGGGCCGCCCGCUGCCGCUGGAGGAGGCGCCGGCCGAGCCGCUGGGGCCGCGCCUGGGGCUGCUCCGCGCCGGACCGGCCCCCGCCUUCCUCUUCUUCGCCUCUGGCCCUGCGGCGCUGGAGCCGGUGUCGCGGGCCGUGUGCCGGGCGGCGGAGCACCUGGACGGUGCUGGGCUGGCCUGCAAUGUGCUGGCCACGCGGGGCGACCCGCCGGGGGGGCCCGGGGCCGGAGGUGGCCGCGGGCUGCGGGUGGUGCUGUGGGCGCGCCGGCCCCUCUUCGGCCCCAAGGCGGGUGAGCCCUUCGCCGUGGCGUUGUGCGAGCUGGCGGGGCUGCUGCCGCUGCCCGCCGAGCCGCUCUACCGGGACAUCACCGAGGUGCAGGCCCUGAGCGCCAUCCGCCAGCACCUGCUGCCCGAGCCCGAACUGCUGCACCUCGGUGGGGAGCUGGCGCGGCUGCUGGAGAGCUGAUGUGUCCCCUCCAUCAACCUGAGCGGCUGCAAGUACGAGAGUGGUAAGUCAGAGGGGCUGGGGGGGUCCCUGCAGGCUUCCAGCCCACACCCGCAGGCUCUGCAGGUGCCUGCACAGCCAGGAGCGGUGCUGGAACCCAGUUCCCACUGGUUUAUUUACUGCUGCCAGUGACUGGCACAGGGCCCCCCGUGUUAGUGGGGAGUUUGUCACGCUUUGGAUUGAGAUUUCUCCUGAUUUAAAAUGUGCAACAGCAGCGCGAGCCCUCAACAUCCCCCACACUUGCAUUUGCCAGCUGUCUGCUAAAAUGGGCAAGAACGGUUCCAUCAGGUACAGUGCAAGGGAGUACCUGGGCUUGGAGACAGGACCUGAGGGUUGUCAACUAUUUAAGGUAAAGUUGGUAGUGAACAGGCAGGAUCUGUACCUGGAACCUCUCCCUGUGCUGUCCAUCCCUGGUAACUCCAGGGAGCUGGUCCACUCUCCUCUCUCACUCUUCUUUCCUUCCACAAGCUGCAUCUUGAAAGAACAAACUCCUGGCCCUGGAGGGGUGUUAUUAAUCUACUUUGCUAAGGGAUCUUGGUGUGCACGGACCCUCAUCACCUCCCAACCCCUGCCACAUUCAUACUUGGCACUAGCAUGAACCAUCCCAGCAGAGAGCUUUUCCUGCAGAGCUGUCUUCUGCUGCUGAAAGACCUUUGAUUUGGGCGAUUAAAUUCACACCUUCGCAAUUUGUAUCUGCCUGUGAGGCGUAAGACCCAUGGGAAGUUCAACCCUGCUGUUGAGGGGCCCUGGCACCUCAAGACAGGUGGAAUUAGAGGGUUAAGAGCUCCCAGAACACUUGCAACCAGAGGCUUGGCGGGUUGGCCAGACAAAACUGGUGUCCCUGACACCUCCCAAGGGGUCAUGCCAAUACCUUAUACCUCUGAGAGGGGAACUGCAGCCUGGAGAGGCUAGUCCAUACUCCAUCCCUUGUUAUUUUGGGGGAGUGUCAGUCCCUGUAUGUGGCUCCUCAGCCAGAGAUUCAUUUCACAUUCCAUCCCUGGUUAUUUUGGGGGUUUAUCAGUCCCUGUACAUGGCUCCCCUGCCUGGCCCCUGUCACUGCUUGCCUUGGCACAGUGCGGCGGGCAGCACAGCACUGCGGGCUGAAGGAAGCGGGAGAAAACGAGGAGUGGACGGUGUACUGGACGGACGGCGCGGUCUCUUUGGAGCGCCUCAUGGAAAUGAAGCGGUUCCAG